UGGACUGCUUGCCGCCGCCUCCACUCUCCUUUACUGCUGUUUCGCCAUUAAAAAGCUAAAAAGGUUCCCAACCCGAAGCCCUUUUCCUGAUUCUUCUUCUUCCUCCUCCCUCCAUCGCGGAUUAGAUUCCUAAAUUAGGAGCUAUUGAAAGCUAUGGCGUGGAUUGGGAGCUUAGAACGCUGAUUAGUGAAAUCCGAAAAUCCGAAAAUUCCGAAUUAGCUGUAAAGAGUGAGAAGGACGACGAGGAAAGAUGAGCGGGAUGGAGAAGUACGAGGUGGUGAAGGACAUCGGGUCUGGUAACUUUGGGGUGGCGAGGCUUAUGCGGCACAAGGAAACCAAAGAGCUUGUCGCGAUGAAGUAUAUUCCAAGAGGCAAGAAGAUCGACGAGAAUGUGGCGAGGGAGAUCAUCAAUCACCGCUCUCUUCGUCAUCCUAACAUCAUCCGAUUCAAGGAGGUUGUGCUAACCCCGACUGAUCUUGCGAUUGUUAUGGAGUAUGCCGCCGGCGGCGAGCUCUUCGAGCAGAUCUGCAACGCCGGCAGAUUCAGUGAAGACGAAGCAAGGUAUUUCUUCCAGCAGCUCAUAUCUGGCGUCAGCUACUGCCAUUUCAUGCAAAUCUGUCACCGUGAUCUAAAGCUCGAGAACACUCUUCUUGACGGAAGCCCUGCUCCACGGCUCAAAAUCUGCGAUUUCGGCUACUCGAAGUCGUCGCUGCUGCAUUCGAGGCCGAAGUCGACGGUGGGUACGCCGGCGUAUAUAGCGCCGGAGGUUCUCUCCCGCCGGGAGUACGACGGGAAGCUUGCAGAUGUCUGGUCAUGUGGUGUAACUUUGUAUGUCAUGCUGGUGGGUGCCUACCCUUUUGAGGAACAAGAUGAUCCCAGAAACUUCAGAAAAACCAUUGGGAGAAUCAUGUCAGUCAAGUAUAAGAUUCCGGACCAUGUUCAUAUAUCUCAGGACUGCAGGCAUCUUCUCUCCCGCAUUUUUGUUGCCAGCCCUUUAAAGAGAAUAACGAUAAGCGAGAUAAGAAAACAUCCAUGGUUCUUGAAGAACUUGCCGAGGGAGCUGACUGAAGCAGCGCAAGCAGCGUACUACAAGAGGGAUAACAGUGCGCCAAUCUACUCCCUCCAGAGCAUUGAGGACAUUAUGAAGAUUGUGAAGGAAGCAAGGCUUCUUCCCACUUCCACUCCUGUGCCAGGGUUUGGUUGGGCUGAGGAAGAAGAUGAAGACGACGAAGCCGAGGAUGGUAACCCAGAGGAAGAAGAUGAGUAUGAGAAGCAGGUGAAGGAGGUUCAUGCCAGUGGUGAAUACCAAAUCAGUUGAUAGGAGAAGCUGUGAUAUGGUUGCUGCCUUAUCUUUUGUAUAAUAUAAGUAAGAGGUAUUUUGGAAUCAAUUCCAAUUUUUUGAUGAUUUUUAUAUAUUGUGUUUUUUUGUGUUUAUGUUUCUAUAUGAAUAAGAGCAUGUUUGGUGUGUGUACUCAAAUUGUGUUAUUUUUAUUUUUAUUGAAUUAUUAUA